AUGUCGGUGAACGACGUGUACGUGCUGCGACCCUUCAAGCUCAUCGCGUUGCUGUGCGUCUUCCUGGCGCUCUGCUUGGACUUGGUGGCUCUGCUCAGCCCGGCCUGGGUCACGGCCGACCACUUUUCGCUGUCCCUGUGGGAAUCUUGCUCCCAGUCCGAAGCGAGGCAGCCGGAUGAGGAGGCUUCGUGGAGCUGCUUUUCUACGCUCAAUUCUGACUGGCAGAUCGCCACGCUUGUGCUGCUAAUGGGCGGCGCCGUGGCAACCCUGGUGGCCUUUUUGGCGGGGCUCAUUUCCCUGUGUCACGGCACCCAGAGGAAACACUACCGAACGGUGGCUGUGUUUCUCUUUACAGCAGUUGUGCUGCAGGCCUGUGCGCUGGUCUUGUACCCGAUCAAGUUCAUCGACGGGACGGUUCUGCAGACGUAUCACGAAUUCAACUGGGGCUACGGCCUCGGCUGGGGUGCCACCAUCUUCAUGUUGGGUGGUGGAAUUCUCUUCUGCCUGCGGACGGAUAUAUACGAAGAUUCCAUGUAUUGA